AUGAGCAAACAUUUUGUGCGAAAACUUUCGAUCCACCCGUUAUCCAAAGAAAAUACAAAGAAAUUACGAAUCGAUAUUCAUCAAUUAUUAAUAUCGUUUAUUAUCGAUUCUUCAUUUAAUUGUCUUCAAUCACUUAUUAUUGAAGAUAUUCAACCAGAUAAACUUAUUUCAUUUCUUAUUAAUUUAAAUUCUUUACCACAACUUUUCUCAUUAAAUAUCAGAACAAUACAUAUCAUUGAUGAUCUAAAUAAUAUUUAUCGAUUAAUUUUUGUAUUACCUACAUUAAAAUAUAACAAACUCUAUUUAUAUGAAAACGAAUGUUCAAUUUCAAUUCCAAUAGGUACUGAAAAACAAUUUAGUACUAUUGAAUAUCUUCAUAUCGCUCAUUGUUAUACAUUCGAUGAACUUCAUGCUUUAAUUUCUUAUACACCAAAACUUCGUCAUCUAAAUCUUUCACAUGAAAAUCAAGAUGAUUCAACUAUUGAAAUCAUGUUACCAAUUACUUUAGACAAUUUAACAUAUAUUUCGAUGUAUACAAACUAUAUUAAUUUUGAUGAAUUUGAAAUAUUUAUUAAACAUAUAUAUUCGAAUUUAAAAACUUUAUAUGUUACUUUUUUAUAUCAAGAUAUAGCUUUUCUUUAUGCUCAUCGAUGGGAACAAUUAAUUUUACGAUAUUUAUCUCAAUUGAAAAAAUUUUCUUCAAAAUAUUAUGAAUAUAAAUAUUCUUUAUGUAUACAAAUUUAUCAUUUGGAUAUUCAACAAUCAAUUUCUAUUGAUAAAUUAAUGCAAAUUAUACAUUUAUUACCAGAUCUUAUUACAUUAAAAAUUAAUUCUUUAACAUUUUAUCGAUCAUUAAUAAAUGAAAAAUUUUCUACAACAUGUUCAAUAGGACAUGCAAAAUUUCUUAAUGUCGAAUGUAUUAAUGGUAUGACUAUUGAAUUAUUUCUACGAGAUAUUUUAAACAAAAUUAAUUUAAGAUCAUCAUAA